AUGUACAUCUCUUGCAUGUCACCAGGAUGUAACAAAAAGCUUUCUGGACAAUUAGGUGAUCUGAUUUGUACACACUGUGAUAAGAAGUAUCAAGAGGGCAUGGCAAGGUAUCAGGUCAAAGUUAUUGUUCUAGAUAAAGGUCUACGAGAUGCUCCCUUCCUUUUAUGGGAUAGGGAGUGUUCUGAAUUAGUUGGUAUCCCAGCACACAGUUUGUACACGAAGUAUAAUAAGGUUUCUGACAUUCCAAGAGAAUUGGAAUCCUUAGUUGGUAUGAGAAUGGUAUUUAAGAUAUCAUUAAAAAUGGAGUUCAUGAAGGGAGUUUAUUCAGCCUACACUGUGAUGAGAGUUUUAAGGGAUGAAGUCUUAGUGUCAGCAUACUGUUCUAAACUUAUUGAAGACCAAGAGAAGGACUUGAUGACAAAAAUGAUAGAUGAGGACGAGGAGGAAGAUGGGGAAUCUGAUCAGGAGGCUUCUAAUAGAGACAAUGAGGUCAACAAUCCAUUAAGUAUACAGCAGUCUCAAAGUCUAGACAUUGAACCUAAAGAUUCUAAUGGUGUGAAGAGAUCGCUUCUAGAUCAAUUCUCCUCCUCUAGGAAGAUGGGAAAAAAUGUUGCUGUUAAACAGGAAAAACUUUAA